UUUAUGUCAAGCUCAAGUUGGUAAUAUAAAAAGAGAAUGUUUAAUAAUAAUCUGUAUAAUUUAUUCGUAAAGAGUCUUUUUUUAAGCUUUUAAUUGGGUUUGAGAUGAACUUAUAAUUUGGAUAGUCAAGCAUUAAAUUUCCUAGUAAGACACAUAGAUGAAUAAUCUAAAGACUUUAAAAAGGUAAAUAUGGAAACUUGAGUUUGUUGAAACACAAAAAAGAUUCUAGUAGUUGCUUCUUUCUCAUAGCUUCAAGCAAAAGAACAAUGAGCAAAAGGAAAUAUACAAGAUUAGUUCAUUUCCUUGUUACUUUGUCUUUACUGCUCCUACAAACAGCUUUGGGAUUAACUUCAACAGAAGUUAACAAGACCCUUUGUAUGGAAAAGGAAAGAGAUGCACUGCUUGAGUUCAAAAAAGGCCUUAAUGAUAAUUUUGGUCAAUUAUCUACAUGGGGGGAUGAAGAAGAUAAAAAAGAAUGCUGCAAAUGGAAUGGUAUUGAAUGUGACAGAAGAACUGGUCAUGUAACUGUUCUGGAUCUUCACAAUGAGUUUACUUGUUCCAGUGCUUGUUUUGCUCCAAGAUUGACAGGUAAACUUAGUCCUUCUUUACUUGAGUUGGAGUAUUUGAAUUACUUGGACCUCAGUGUAAAUGGAUUUGAAAAUAGUGAGAUACCAAGAUUCAUAGGCUCCCUUAAGAGACUAGAGUACUUGAACCUUUCAUCUUGUUUUUUUUCUGGUGUAAUUCCAGCACAGUUAAAGGAUUUAACAUCUUUGAGGAUUCUUGAUCUUGGAAACAAUAAUCUUAUAGUAAAUGACCUUAGAUGGCUGUUCUUGAGUCUUGGUCAUAACGACUUCCAAGUGAGCAAUUGGUUUCAAGAGAUAACUAAGUUACCUUCAUUGAAAGAACUGGACUUGAGCCUUUGCGGACUCUCUAAGUUGGUUCCAUCUCCAGCUGAUUUAGCCAAUUCUUCUUCGAUCUCUCUUUCUGUUCUUCAUUUAUGUUGUAAUGAGUUUUCUUCUUCAGCUGAAUAUGGCUGGCUAUUCAAUUUUAGCACAAGCCUAACUAGCAUAGACCUCUCCCAUAACCAAUUCAUUCAAAUUGAUGAUCAAUUUGGGAGCUUGAUGUAUCUUGAACAUCUUAAUCUUGCUUACCAGUCUAAUCUAAAAGGUGGGGUUCCCAGUUCUUUUGGGAAUUUGACACGUUUACGUCAUCUGGACGUGUCAAACACUCAGACAUACCAAUGGCUUCCUGAGUUGUUUCUCAGGCUAUCAGGCAGUAUGAAUUCACUUGAGGUUUUGGGGUUGAACGACAACUCAUUGUUUGGUUCAUUGCUUAAUGUCACAAGAUUUUCAUGCUUGAAGAAAUUAUACCUGCAGAAGAAUGUGCUGAAUGGCUUUUUCAUGGAAAGACCGGGACAAGUUUCUAGCCUUAAGUAUCUGGAUUUGUCUAAUAACCAAAUGAGAGGGGUAUUACCAGACUUAGCAUUGUUUCCAUCAUUGAGAGAGCUGCAUCUAAGGUCUAAUCACUUCAAUGGGAGGAUACCGCAAGGUAUUGGAAAACUUUCACAGCUUAGAGUUUUGGAUGUCUCGUCCAAUAGAUUGGAAGGAUUACCAGAAAGUAUGGGGCAACUAUCGAGCCUGGAAAGCUUUGAUGCAUCUUAUAAUGUCCUGAAGGGUACAAUCACUGAGUCCCACCUUUCAAACCUCUCCAGUUUAGUAGAUUUGGACUUGUCAUUCAACUCGUUGGCGUUGAAGAUGAACUCCGAUUGGGUUCCUCCUUUUCAGCUAGAAGUUAUAAGCCUUCCAUCUUGCAAUUUGGGACCUUCUUUCCCCAAAUGGCUUCAAAAUCAAAACAACUAUACUGUUCUUGAUAUCUCCCGUAUUUCAGACACACUUCCAAGUUGGUUCUCUGGUUUUCCCCCCGAUCUAAGGAUUUUGAAUCUCUCCAACAAUCAAAUCAGUGGAAGAGUGUCUGACUUAAUAGCAAAUACAUAUGAUUACAUGGCUAUUGAUUUAAGCUCUAACAACUUUUCAGGACCUUUGCCACUAGUUCCUACCAAUGCUCGAAUAUUCUACCUGCAUAAAAAUCAGUUUUUUGGAUCCAUCUCUUCCAUUUGUCAAAGUAAAACAUCCGCCACUUCUCUUGAUUUGUCACGCAACCAAUUCUCUGGAGAACUUCCAGAUUGUUGGAUGAAUAUGAGUAAUCUAGCUGUUAUUAAUCUAGCCUAUAACAAUUUCUCUGGAAAAGUUCCACAUUCAUUGGCCUCCUUGACAAGUUUGAAGGCUUUAUAUAUACGGCAGAACAGUUUUAGUGGAAUGUUGCCUUCUUUUUCACAAUGUCAGCUGUUGCAAGUCAUGGAUCUUGGAGGGAAUAAGUUGACAGGAAGAAUCCCAGCAUGGAUAGGGACUGACCUACUCAAGUUGCGCAUCCUAAGCCUACGUUUCAACAAAUUCUAUGGCAGCAUACCAUCAGUUAUCUGUCAGCUUCAAUUUCUUCAGAUACUGGACCUUUCAGCAAAUGGAUUAUCAGGGAAAAUUCCUCAAUGCUUCAACAAUUUUACCUUAUUGUAUCAAGAUGAUAGUUCUGGUGACCCAAUGGACUUUAUAGUCCAAGGUUUCGAUGGUAAAUAUCCUCGUCAUUACUCGUACAUUGGUGACCUAUUGGUUCAAUGGAAAAACCAGGAGUCUGAGUACAAGAAUCCUUUAUUGUAUCUGAAGAGUAUUGAUCUUUCAAGUAAUAAAUUGGUUGGAGGUGUCCCUCUAGAGAUAGCUGAAAUGCGGGGAUUGAGAUCUUUGAACCUCUCGAGAAAUGAUCUGAAUGGAACUAUUGUUCAAGGAAUUGGUCAAAUGAAGAUGUUGGAGUCUCUUGACUUGUCAAGAAACCAGCUUUCUGGUUUGAUCCCUCAGGAUCUGGCUAAUUUGACUUUUCUUAGUGUGUUGGACUUGUCAAACAAUCACUUAUCAGGGAGAAUUCCGUCAAGCACUCAACUGCAAAGUUUUGAUAGAUCAUCUUACAGUGGUAAUGCUCAACUCUGUGGUCCUCCUCUUCAAGAAUGCCCUGGAUAUGCUCCUCCUAGCCCACGUAUCGAUCAUGGCAGUAAUAGCAAUCCCCAAGAACAUGAUGACGAUGAGGAUUUUCCAUCUCUGGAGUUUUAUAUAUCUAUGGUAGGUUUCUCUAUCGCUUUCUGGGGAUUCUUGGGCUCUUUAAUUAUCAACCGUUCUUGGAGGAAUGCCUACUUCACAUUCUUAACGGAUAUGAAGAGUUGGCUCCAUAUGACAUCAAGAGUCUACUAUGAAAGACUUAAGGGAAAGCUAAGGGGCUGAUAAAUGUAAAGUUUCUAUGUACUUUGUAUACUUUCAAGAGCUAAGUUGUUUUAUUGAUCUUUUUCCCCCCUUUGAAAGCAGCUUUCCUCUACAAGCAAUAUGCAAAACAUGUAUAUUCUCUCUGUCAUCCCUUUGGAUUCUAAUAUUUCAUUUUCCAUCUUGGUGUAUGCAAGAUGUAGAGAAUUAUACAUGA